GGAACCUUUCAUUUUGAGGUAACCGUUGUGAGACGGAUCUGUUUGAAGGACGGAACCUAAACAGCCACGUAGUAUAGACAGGAGCACGUCUAAGGUUCACCAAGGACUGAAGCCGUCUGCACCAUCCAGGCCAUCCUGCAGUCUCAACCAAAGUUUACCAAGCAUGAAGUAAAGUUGAAUUGCACUAGUGAGGCCCAUCUAAUUUUUUAAUGGAUGCUAGAACAGCAUCUGUAUUUCAAGAGAUAUGGAAAAUGGAAAUAAUGAAACGGCCUCAAUCGAGGCCAUCCCUCAGCAGCUGAAUGCACAACAUCCAGACAGCAAUACUGUGGAAUCUCUGAAGUCGGAGAGAUCACCCGUAACAGAGAAAAUCCCAAAUGGUCAUGUCCAAGCAGAGCUGUUGCCAAACGGAGAGGCCGUGGUGGAGGGUCAGGAAGCUCACGGAGGCAGAACCCCACCUCUGGCAACUCCUCCCCUGGGUAGCCGCCUUGCCGACUCCCCCCUGAGCGCACAGCUGGAUCCAGGUGUGGCCUCUUUCCCUGACAGCCUAGAGAAGUCUGAGGCAGCUCUUGCAGAGGGCUCUAUUCACAAGGGUGACGCAUUGCAAUCGCUCAGACUAAGUAUUCCUAUGCAGGAGACCGAAUUGUCUUCAAAAGAGCCAUCAGUGGAGAUGGAAAAUGAAGAAAAAAUUCGCCAGGAAGCUCGCCGGCGUCUAGAGGAACAGCUCAAACAAUACAGAGUACAGCGGCACACAGAGAGAACCAGGCGAUCCACUCCUAAGAGCCGCCUAUUUAGCACUUUGGACCCAGAGCUCAUGCUCCAUCCCGAGGGUCUCCCAAGGGCCAGUACUGUUGCCAUGACUACGGAAUACUCUUUCCUGCGCACCAGCGUUCCUCGUGGUCCCAAACUGGGAAGCCUAGGAAUCCCCUCCAGCAAGGAGAAGAAAUCCAAAUCAUCUCGUUCCAGCAAGAUCCACUCUCUCGCUGACUACAAAACUCCCGAAUCUGACUUUAAAAGCGCAGAAGCACCUGGUGGGGUAGUUUCUGUGUCUGCCGACUCAUCAUUUAGCUCGCUGCAUUCCUCCAUCAGCUCAGUUUCCACCAUUUCGCAAAUCAGCAUCAGCUCUGAGACCAAAAGCCGUUCGGAAACAUCUCAGCUAAUCCGAGACAACGUCUCUGAGGUGGAUGGCAGCGAAUCAGGUUUCAAAGCUGACGGCAAUGACAGCGAUAGCUCGUCCUAUAGCAGUGUGUCUACUACAGGGACAUAUAGUAUGUUAGCUGCAAUAGCGAACAAGCCAAAGGCUCCAUAUACCGUUGAAGGGAGAGAGAUUGCUCCAGAAGCCAUGGGCCACUUUCCAUCACUGCAGGAAGUCCUGCAGGCAGCCACUGAAGAGAGACACAUGGAAGAGCUGGAGCAGGACAGAGAGGGCAGCGUAGAGCCUCGCAGUCGCAGGGACAGCUUCUCCAGCAGCGUGUCAUUUGGGAGUUCUGUGAUGGGGACUCAUGAUGAGAUGCUGCAAGUGCUAAAAGAGAAAAUGAGGUUAGAAGGACAACUGGAGUCUCUUUCAUCAGAGGCCAGUCAGGCUCUGAAAGAAAAAACGGAGCUCCAGGCACAGCUGGCUACAGUAAAUGCUCAGUUGCAGGUCCAGGUGGAGCAAACCCAGGCCAGUCAGGAGAGGCAGAGCACCCUCACCUCUGAGGUCACCACGCUACGCUCCAACUGCUCUGCACUGGAGAAGGCUAUGGUGGAUCUCCAGGGCAAUCUGGAGGGGAAGAACGCCAGCCUGGCCUCACUGGGCAAUGACCUGCAGCUGGCUGAAGAGCAGUACCAGAGGCUGAUGGUCAAAGUGGAGGAGAUGCAACAGAGCCUGAAUACCAGAGACAACACAGUCUCUGAGUUCCGGCAGCAGAUGGGAGGCCUGCAGACACAGCUUCAGCGGGUCCAGAGCGAGAGGAACGCUCUGCAGAGCAGACUGAAGACCUCGCAGGCAGAAGUGGACUCCCUGCAGCAGCUCCGCAUCUGGUACCAGCAGCAGCUGAGUAUGGCACAGGAGGCACGUGUGCGACUGCAGGGAGAGAUGGCAAACAUGCAGGCCGGUCAAAUGACUCAGAUUGGUGUGUUGGAAAAUCUGAAGAUGGAGAACGUUACUCUGUCUCACAAACUCACAGAGACGAACCAUCGCUCUAUAAAAGAGAAGGAACGGAUUGCUGUACAGCUACAGAGUAUAGAGGCGGACAUGUUGACUCAAGAAGCAUCCAUACAUCAAAUCCAGGAGGCAAAGACGAUGGUGGAGGAAGAUCUUCAGCACAAGCUGGAAGAGUUUGAGGAGGAGCGAGAGCAUCUUCUCAAACUUGCUAAUACAGCCACAACACUGGAGAGAGAGCUAGAGCAGGUCAAACUCAUUCUCUCCCAAAAAGACGCCCAACUGGAGUUGUUACAGCGUGAGCACCUAGAGCUGAUGAAGCAGCUAACCACUACUCAGGACAACCUCCAAACCAAAGAACAGGCCCUUAAUCAGCUGGAGGCCCGUUACCAGGAGCUCCAGGCCCAGCUGGAGGAGCUACAAACUGACGCCACAGCUAAAGAGGAAACCCUGCAGUUUCUCCAAAAUGAGAAAAUAGUCCUGGAAGUGGCUCUGCAGGCAGCACGGGCAGAUAAGAGCGAACUGGAUGAAGGAGCAGAGAGGCUUGGAGAGGAAGUGCUGUUGGCCUCAGACACACUUGACCAGCUUAGACAGGAAGUGCAGGUUAAAGCAACACAGAUUGAAGCUCUAAAGCAAGAGAAUGGCACCCUCAAAAAACAAGCACAGAAACUGAAAGAGCAGUUCAUGCAGCAAAAGGUGAUGGUCGAAGCUUACAGGAGAGACGCCAGCUCCAAAGACCAGUUGAUCUCUGAGUUGAAGGCUUCUAAAAAGCGUCUGGUGGUGGAGGUGAAGGACCUGAAGCAGGAGCUGUUAAGAAUGGAGGGAGAAAAGAAGAGUGCAGAGCAGGAACAGGAUCGCCUUCAGAAGGAAGUGGAGAGAGUCCAGCAGCAGAUGAACAGCCUGGAAGCCCAUUUACUAUCCGUACAGACAGAGAGAGACCAACUUGACUCUCAACUGCAGUCCCUUCAGUUUGACCAGAACCAUCUGGAAUCCGUGACCGAAGAGAAUGAAAAUCUGAGGAAGAGGAUUGAACAAAUGCAAGAUGAAGCCAAGACCGCGAUCUCAGAGCAGAAGGUGAGGAUGAAGCGUUUGGGCACAGAUUUGACCAGCGCACAGAAAGAUAUGAAGGCCAAGCAUAAGGCCUAUGAGAAUGCAGUUGGCAUUCUGAGCCGCAGGCUACAGGAAGCUCUCGCCGCCAAAGAGACAGCUGAGGUUGAACUUGACAAACUCAAAGCUCAGGUUUCAGAGGGAGGAAAUAGCCUGGAAUUUCAGGCCAAGGUGGAGUCCCUGCAAAGAGAGCUGGAGGCAGUGAGCCAGAGUAAAGCCAUGCUGGAGAAAGAGCUACAGGAGGUCAUCAAUCUCACCAGCACUGAGCUGGAGGAAUAUCAGGAGAAAGUGAUGGAACUGGAAGACGAGCUCCAAGAGUCACGAAAUUUUAAAAAGAGAAUUCGUCGCCUGGAAGAUGCUAAUAAGAAGCUUACGCUUGAGCUAGAGCAUGAGAAAGGGAAACUCUCCGGGCUUGGAAAAUCCCACAGUGCAUUGCGGGAACAUGCCAAUAUUCUAGAGGCUGCACUGGCAAAGAGAGAAGCAGAUCUUGUCCAGCUCAACUUGCAGGUUCAGGCAGUAUUAAAGCGUAAAGAAGAGGAGGACCAGCAGAUGAGACAGUUGGUGCAAACGCUCCAGACUGCUCUGGAGAAGGAGAAAAUUAAAGUCAAGGAUCUGACAGAGCAGGUGGCGGAGGCCAAGCUGGAGGCAGCCCAUAACCGCAGGCACUACAGGGCAGCCAUGCUGGAGCUCAGCGAGAUCAAGAAAGAUCUGCAGGCCAAAGAGGAGCUUGUCAAAGCCCUGCAGAAAGAGGCUAAGACACUUGCAGCUCAAGAUGAGAAGCACUCCGAGGAGGUUUCUCAUUUCCAGGAGGAAUUAGCUGAUGCUCAUGCUCAACUCCAGAUCCUUCAAAAACAACUUGAUGAUGAGCUCAACAAACAACCCCUCACUAACCAAGAGGUGGAGGAUCUAAAGUGGGAGGUGGAGCAGAGGCAGCGGGAGAUCGAGACACAAAAACAGCAGCUGGAGAUGGUGGAACAGUGUCACCAUAGAGAGAUGGACACCCUGCAGGACAUGCUACAGAGGAUAAAGGUGGAGCUGGAGAUGGUGCAGGAGGAUCUCAACGGCACGCGGAAGGAUAAAUUCAUGCUGCAGGCUAAAGUGGGAGAGCUGAGGAGCAGCAUGAAGACUGUUCUUCAGCAGAACAACCAGCUCAAACAGGAUCUCAAAAACAGCAGGCUCAGAAAGCGGAUGGAUCUAAAGGGGGAAUCGACCCCAGUGACGCCAGUAAAAAUCCCAGACUGCCCUGUUCCUGCUUCACUUUUGGACGAACUGUUGAAACCCUCAACAUCCGUCAAUAAGGAACCUCUCAAUAAUCUCCACAACUGUCUGAGACAGCUAAAGCAGGAGAUGGACAGCCUUCAGAAGCAGAUGGAGGAACACACGGUCACAGUGACGUCAUUAGCCAGCGCAGAGGAGGAGCUCCAAAAACUAGGGUUUCAUGACAAUAUCAGCAACGAUUCGUCUAAUAAAGAAGAGAAUGAAGAGAUACCGGGGGAGAUGCAGCCCUCGUAAUACACAAAGAAUCCUUAAAGACACUGAGGAGAGAGUUCGGUUUUAUCUUCAUGGGCACUUUUAAGUUUCUUUGUUUAUUUUCUUUAAUCAACUGCCAACAUUUGGCUUUAUCCUUACCUAACCAAGAUUGUGUAACAAAGUGUUUCUUUAUACCACAGCUUUAUUUUUGGGGGGUCAUUUUGGUGUUGAAAUUACUUUU